AUGCUCGCCCCAUCCGCCCGCUCGCUCCUCGUCCUCCGCGCUCCCCUCGCCCCGACCCUCGCGGCCCGUGCGUCGACCGUCGCCUCGAUCCGCGCCCUGCAUUCGCACGGGUCCCUCCCGAGCUCGCUCCCCAAGAGCGCGGCCAAGCGCACCGUCACGACGUCGGCGCCGACGCCCCUCGAGCGCAACGAGCCGCGCGUCGUCGACAACCUUCCGUGGCCUCCCAAGCUCCGCAACACGGCGUGGAAGGACCGCAAGUCGGCCUUUACCGAGAUCGCGCCCGUCUACAUCUGGCCCGGCGUGGUCUGCUUCUUCGGUCUCGUGACGGCCUACUACUACCACUCGACGGGCAAGGGCUACCUCGAGCUCGCCACCAACCAGGAGGCGCCCCGCUCGCCCUACUACGAAGCCCGCAAGCGCCCCGUCUGAGCCGUCGUCGCCCGUCUUCCCCUGUACAAAGGUCCGCCUUCUCGCCUUCCCUCCUUUCCCUUGCUUGUGUACAAAGCCCCUGUCUUGCUCUCGUCGGUCUUCCUGCUUGUCUCCUGUCUACGACCCUUUUGUGUACAUACGCCUGAACGAACUGUCAAUAGGAACUCCUCGUCGUGCCCUCG